GCAGAAGCGUGUACGUCCGUAGAAAUGGCGAUGCAAAAAUGUCCAAACGGAAUACUAUCAGAGAUCAAGUACGACGGCGAGCGGGUGCAAGUGCAUAAAAACGGAAACGAUUUUCGAUACUUUAGUCGAUCCUUGAAAGCGGUUAUGCCGCAUAAGGUAAAUCUUUUUGCGGAUUAUAUAGUGCAAGCUUUUCCCGAUGGUGAUGAUCUGAUCCUCGAUUCUGAAGUUCUCAUGGUUGACAACGAGACCGGGAAACCUUUACCCUUCGGCACUUUGGGGAUUCAUAAAAAAGCUCAAUUCAAAAACGCCAAUGUGUGUCUGUUUAUUUUUGACUGCUUAUACUACAACGGCAAGAUACUUAUCGAUAAAUCUAUACAAGAACGCAGAAACAUCCUGAAAAAUAGGAUAACUGAAAUACCGAACAGAAUAAUGUUAUCCGAAGUUCAUGAAGUACACAAUUUGCGAGAUCUGACAGAAAGGAUCAUACAUAUAUUGAAAAUGGAUCACGAAGGUUUGGUUUUGAAAGACAUCAAUAGCAAAUACGAACCCGGUAAAAGACAUUGGCUGAAGGUAAAGAAGGAUUAUUUGUGUGGCGGCGCAAUGGCUGAUAGCGCAGAUCUCGUCGUGCUUGGUGCAUGGUACGGCACAGGCAACAAAGGUGGUAUUAUGUCCAUCUUCUUAAUGGGUUGCUACGAUGAAGAGCGUGAUAAAUGGUUAACCGUUACUAAAGUUCAUACGGGACACGAUGAUUCCACUCUAACAGCUUUGCAAGACGAGCUCGAUAUGAUAAAGAUCGGCAAGGAUGUAAACAAAUUACCGAAUUGGUUGCUUGCCAACAAAUCUAUGGUACCAGAUUUUAUAGCAAGAGAUCCUAAGAAACAGCUAGUUUGGGAAAUAACAGGAGCUGAAUUUACGAACCAGGGAGUACACACCGCGGAUAUUAGUAUUCGAUUUCCACGCGUGACGCGGAUUCGCCGCGACAAAGACUGGUCCACAGCCACCACACUGAACGAGUUGCGUAAACUCUUUCAAAAAAAGCCUGACUCCAUCGAUUUCAGUCUCUUGCUCAAAAAGGAUUUCAAGGACAUUUCAAAAAAGAAACAGUCCAUUCUCAGUACACUUCCAAAGAAAUCGGAGAACGCGAAAAGAGGAGCAAGCUCACCAAGCGAACCAUCGACGAGUUUUGCAAUCGGAGAAGGAACAUUCUUCCAGAAUACUUUAGAUGAUCCAGAGUCGCACAUUACAGAAAAAUUCGCGAAAAAACGAAAGAGAAAUAGAUAUAUAAAAAACUUUGACAGUGUCGAAAGUACUCAGUUGAAGACAAAAAAAUUAAAAUUCGUGUGUGGCAAGAUAGAAGAGAAAACAGAAAAAGAUAGCUUUACUGCUGAAAGAAACACAAAAGAAUCGUUUGAAUUGUCGAAAGAAACUUCGGAUUCGGACGUCGAAGAUAUUGACGUCGAGGAUAUUGAAUCCAACAACAUUCUGCAAUACGUGCGAGCGAGUUUUGCACCUGGGUUCGACAAUACAAGACGGAAGUAUGCCCAUAGAAUACUUCAAAUACUCGGCGGCACGUUAGUGAACAUACCGGAGAACAAAUCCAUAAUGACGACGAUGACUCACAUCAUUCACACACGCACGGAAAUUCCAUCCACGGUUGUCCACGAGGAUUUCGCGGACUUCCCGAAGACCAUCAAGCACGUAAACAUGUCCUGGCUGGAAGAGACUUCCGCGCAAUUCAAAAGGCAAGAUGAAAGUUUGCAUGCUAUAAAACUGGUCGGUGAUUAUUGCAAUUGUCCAUGCACGCAUCGAUAACGUAGCGAAAAUAUGUAUUUUAUGUGUAAUAAAAUGUUGUUGGCAAAUGUUUCAAAUGUAAAAAUAAAACA